AUGUCUUCCCGUUCUCAGACUUUGCAUGCUCCUACACGGAUCACCGUAAAGGAUCCGAAAUCCCUAAAAAAUUUUACUCUCGAAUAUUCAAUUCAUUCCGGUUCGAGAAGAUUCAACAGAGAUUUAGCGAGCAUAUUUCCCGAGAUAGCAGAUCAAGUUAAUAAAUGUCUUGUCAUUCCUGUAUUUUUGAAUUGUGAAAAUGACAUGGUGGGGACUGGGAGUAUAAUUGAUAAAGAGAGGGAUGAAAAACUUGAGAACUUCGUUGGUUGGGGAAAAUCAAUUUGCCAAGGAUUAAGGGAUCGUGGUUAUUGGGCGGAUCUAACGGAUCCUUGUUCUGGGUAUCCGAUAUUUUCCGAUCGUGGCCCAUCCAUAUAUCCAGAUGUGCAAGGAGCCGAAUCUCUUCUGAAGUAUCCAACUCAAAAUGUGGGGUGCUGUCACAUCCUACUACAUCCAAGGUGGGGCAGUAAAGUCUAUCCGGGAACAUUAUUUACUUUCGCCAGCGUGAUUGAUGUAAAACAGGUGAUCGAUGGUAGCGCUGUGGACUCGGAUGAAAAAGCGAACGAAUGUUCUUAG